AAGUUGUAAAUAAAUUGUAUGUAUUUUUUCUUUCCAGUGUGUCGAGACUUUGCGGUCCUGGAAGACCACACUUUGGCCCACAGCCUUCAAGAGCAGGAAAUUGAGCAUCACUUGGCGACCAACAUCCAGCGCAACCGCCUGGUGCAAUAUGACUUGCAGAUGGCCAAACAGCUCCAGGAGGAGGAAGACCGGAAAGCCCGGGCCCGGGUCCAUGAGCGACACAAAGACAUAGAGCGCCAGGACUGUGAGAUCGCUCAGGAAAUCCAAGUCAAGCUGGUCAUCGAAGCGGAACAGCGGCGCCGGCAGGAAGAGGACGACGAGGACAUUGCUCGGAUCCUGCAACAGAAGGAGCUUCAGGAAGAGAAGAGGAGGAAGAAGCCUCUCCCGCCGGAACCCGUCUCGGCCAGUCCUUACAAAGAGGCCUACUAUCCAGAAAACAGAGACCGAAGGUGCGCCAGCCCUCGAGAUGUGGCGCCCGAGCAGUCCAGAUCUCGCCGGCCCCGCGAGGGCAACCCAGACCCCUGGAGGGGCCCUCCUCUCCUUCCGGAGGGGCUCGACCUGGAGGUUUCGGAGGGAUCCGAAGGAGGGAAGAGCAGCCGAAGCCGGACACGGCAGAGAGAGCGGAAGCCUGAGAAACACCCAGUGCCUCCUUGGGAAGCGGAGGACGAGGUCAGCCUUGGCCAAAGCAAGGAGAGGAGGAGGAAGAAGAACCCGGACAGUUUGGAGAGACCUCGGGCGGCAUCUUCACUGGAUGGAGAUAGCAGGGACCAUCGGGAGCGUCCACACAGGAGCCAUGAAAGACCUCAAAGACCUCCUUCUCUCCUUAUGGACCAAGAAGCGAGUCCAGAUCUCGGGCGCCAUAGACGUCGGGAAAGGCAGUCUCCAGGUUUGGAUGUUGGCUUCCCACGCCAACAUUAUAGCAGGUCACCAAAUCCUAACCAUUACAUGGUCCCAUCCCACGAAGCGGGGCAUCCUCCAAGGGGCCGGGACCCCCGCCACAAUGACUUGGAGGUCUCUCCACAUCAAAGCCGAAAGAAGAAUGCUGGACAGGGAAACGAAGCAUCCAAGGACAGAGGGAGAGCCCAUUCCUCUUCCUCGCAUCACGGGGAAAACUGGGACCUGGGCACAGGAACAAAAGCAAAAGGGACGAAGGAGGCUUCCUACUCCAAACCCCGUCCAGCGGAUCCUCAGGACCAGGAGCUUUACGAUGCAGAGAUCGCCAGGAGGUUGCAAGAAGAAGAGCUGCUGGCCAACCAGGUGGAUACGAGGGCAGCCCAGGUAGCCCAGGACGAGGAAAUCGCCCGCCUGCUGAUGGCAGAAGAGAAGAAGAAGGCUUACAAGAAAGCGAGGGAGCGAGAAAAGUCGUCCACUGAAAAGAAAAAGCAGGAUCCAGACUGGAAACACGAGACGCACGAAACCACGCUGCCUCCCAGGACCAGAGAAGUCCACGAAGGCCACCACCGCGGGAAGAGCGACAAACCCACACGGCCUCCUCCGCCUCCCACAGAAGCCCUGGACCACCUGGUGAACCUGACCAGCCAGCAGAGCUCCAAGCCAGAAACUUCACAUAAAGGUUACCACUUUAAGCAGUAGGAGAAACCCUCGGGCGUUGGUUUGCAUUGCAACGAGACUGACUCUCCUCCUCCGUAGCAAACUGUCUUGGAGUCCUUGUGGAGGCCUCCUCCUCCCCAACCAUCACAGCGUCUGCAACCAGUGCCUCUUCUCCUCCUUCUCCAUUGUGUUCCACCUCCAUUUCUGUGUCUUGAAGGUUCUCGGUCCACUCAGCUCUUUCCUCUCCUUCCAUUGCCUCCUUUGCAUCCGCCUGGCUUUGGGUCUUCUCCUUCGGCAUCCAAGAGAGACAGAGGCAGAGCCGUUUCCAAGAGCCGUUGCCUUCAACUGGAUUCGGACAAACGAGACAUCGACUGGUCUUCCAGCGCCUUUCGUCUGGAGCGUUUUGCCCUCCAUGGUCUACUCAGUCUAAUAAUGUUCAAAGUGUGGCAGACCUGAGGAGUCUGUCCCACCCGCCAUGGAAGUUGAGCUCCUCCGCCUGUUUCCGUCUGAAAUGUGUCUGGAUUUCCCUCCUUGGCAGAUUCAGAUGUGUGUGUGUGUGUGUGUGUUUCUCUUACGAGGGGGCUCUUUUGCGUGCCUCGUUUGGGUGAGUCGUUAUGCUUCCAAGACGCAUAAUGUUGGGACAGUUUGCAAGGGACGGACCUCACGCCUGGAUUAGCUGCGGUUUCCGUUUUGGUUCAAAGGCACAAACCCAGACUUGCUGUCUUCUGACAUGCGUAACGUACAGUCCUGUAAACAAUGCCUGCCUUCUGUUUUGAGGCUCUCCAGUGCUGCAAAAGCUCCAUUUGCAAUAUCAGCCUUCCCAUAAUUCAGAAUUUCUGUGGACAUGAGCAAAGAUUGGGAUGACGAGCGUUUUCAUCACCGGGUGCAUCUGCGCUGUAGAAUGAAAGCUGUUUGAUACCACUUUAACUGCUACAGCUCAAUGUUAUGGAAUACCGGGAUUUGUAGUUUGCUAAGACAGUAGCACUCUAGAAGGGAAGGCAGAAGACCUUGGGAAACCACAACUCCCAAGAUCCCAUAGCAUUGAACCAUUGCCUUAUGGAAUCUUGGGAGUUGUAGUUUGCUAAGGCACCAGCGCUCUAGGAGAGAAGGCAAAAUACCUUGG